CUUUAGACACAGCAGCACCCCAAGGGACUUGCAUGAGGAGGGCCGAGAUUUUUAGGGUUUAGUUUAAAAAAAGUAGGGACACCGCUCGCCGCCGCCAAUCGCCUUUUAAUGACACUGAGGGAGGCUGGCACGGAUCAGUAGAACAGGGUUGCCAGAAUACUAUGGAUAAGAACUAUAAAGAAGAGUUUACGCAAAUUAUUAAAUUUGAACCUCCUUUGUACAAACAACGCUACCAGUUUGUUAAAGACUUAGUGGAGAAAUACAAACCUAAGAAGGUGGCAGAUUUAGGCUGUGCUGAUUGCAGCCUUCUCUGGAUGCUGAAAUUCUGCAGCUGCAUUGAAGUGUUAGCUGGGCUAGAUAUCUGUGCAAAUGUAAUGAAAGAGAAAAUGCAUACGUUGUCUCCUCUUCCUGUUGAUUAUUUGCAGCCAUCUGAAAGAUCCCUGACUGUUACCUUGCAUCAUGGCUCAGUUGCCCACAAAGAUCCUUGCAUGCUUGGUUUUGACUUGGUGACAUGCAUUGAACUAAUAGAACACCUGGAAGAAUCAGAGCUGAAGAAGUUUCCUGAAGUGGUGUUUGGUUUCAUGGCUCCAAGCAUAGUUGUGAUCAGCACUCCAAAUUCUGAAUUUAACUCUUUGCUUCCAAGAGUGAUGUCAUACAGGCAUCCAGACCACAAAUUCGAGUGGAGCCAAGCAGAGUUUCAAAGCUGGGCUCUAGAGACUGCUAGAUGCUAUGAUUACUCAGUGGAAUUUACUGGUGUCGGGCACCCACCAACAGGAAUGGAGAAGGUUGGGUUUUGUACCCAAAUAGGUGUGUUUUUUAGAAAAUAUCCUCAAACUGGUGAAUCUGUUCAGUCUGAGAAACCCAUGGAAGCAGUUUACAAAACAGUCUUCAAAGCAGUGUACCCAAGUCUUAAAGAUGAGAAGUACUUGCAGAAUGCAGUGAUCAAUGAAGUUAUUUUCACAGCCCAAAUCAUUAAGCACCGUUUAAUGUCAAAACGUGAGGAGUAUGGUGAUGAUCCUGAGAGAAAAUCCAAAUUCCAACCUUCAAUGGACUGUUUUUCUGACUACCUUGGAAAACUGGUUGUUGAAAAAAACAUGGAACCAUUUGUCAGUGGAAAUGAGGUUCACAUACCUCUCAAAACAAUCUUUUCUUUUCCCAAAGUGAAUCGACUUUGUGGUACCUUUGAGAAGUUAUGCAAGCUUAUUGCAGGCAAGGUCACACUGAGCAGUGAUGGUUCUGCUGUGAUGUUCCAUAUUGAACAUGAAAAUGAAGAGAAUUAGAUCAGAUUUCUCACACAAAGUUCAGUUGAAGUAAUCAAAGUGGUUUUUUUAGAAGCUGUCAAAUGGUAUGUUCUGUAUGCUAACUGGACCACCGAAUACUUUCUAACCUUCCAUCAGUGGUAUUUAUCUGUCAGCACCUCUCAUUGAGUGAAGGUGAAUGCUUCUGACAAAGGUAACAGUAAUUCAUAGGGGUUUCAAGUAGAGUAUCAGGGGCUAAAAGCAAAUAAUUCAUUCCCAAGAAGAAAAUGAAGUAUUUCUGUUUGCUUUUUAUUGCUUUAUUGUAGCUGUUGUUACUAGAUUAUUUCUGGUAGUCUCUUGUUAGCUUCAAAGAUAGUUUGUUUUACCAUCUACUGUGUAUGUGAGUCAGACAUAAAUUUAGGGCAAGUUUUUUCUUAAGUUCUAUAAAAUUUAUAGAUGCCUUUUUCGAGAUGAAAACUCAGCCUCGAUGAAAACCAAAUGUUGUUCCAGCUGAAUUGAAAUAUGAAACUGGCAUAUUUGUUCUGUUUUUGAAAAAAAAAAUUAAAGAACGGCAGUAAUUGUGAAUGCUAACCUA